AUGUCUCCCCCUUCUGACGACGGGCCAAUUACCUUGCAAUUCCGAAACAUCACAAGGGUUGCGGGGGAGACCCUACAAGGGACCGUACUUGUCAACGUGCAGCUGGCUCAAGAAGACAAGAUAGAGCAGGUCAGGAUCAAGUUUCGGGGCAGCAUUCAUACGAGUAUAACCGAGUCAAAUGGACAAUCGUCCACAACGUAUAAGCAGACUAUCCCGCUCUUUCACCAGAAAACACCGUUGUGGACCCAAGGCUCUGCAUAUCCUGAUCCCGGCUCACAUAUCCUUUCCCUCCCUUUCGAAUUCACUCUCCCCGCCGACUUGCCUCCGUCAUUUCACUGCUACGCCGUCAACCGUCAUGCUACCAUCGGUUACUCUCUUGAGGUUGUGGGGGACCGGCCUGGAAUGUUCAAAUUCAAUCGUCGCAUACGACGAGCCAUUUCCAUCGUCCCCGCUGCAACACCGCGCCAAUUGCUCACCCGAGAGUCGUUGCUGCAAACGUGGACAGGUGCUUGGAAACCUUGGGUCAGGGAGGAGAAACUACGGAGAGGGAUAUGGGGCGACUAUUCGCAUGCCAGGGCCACAUUCACAAUGCCCCACCUUGGGUUCUACCCGAUCUCAACGCCGAUUCCUUUCAGCUUGCUAAUCGAAACGGACACUAAGCCAAUGGACCGAGAGGACUGUCCCGACAAGCCAGUCGACAAGAAUGGCAAACCGCUCUUCCCCGCGCCACCGACACUUUCUUCUGAAGUCAAGCUUAGCUUAUAUCGCUGGACCCAGUUGCGCGUCAAAUCCAGAGUGCGACAAGUCGAAGACACGUACAAAUUAUCAAACAGCCUUGGAGACCCGCAUUGUGUCGCUGCUGUUGUCCAUACCGAGAGUCCGCCUGAGUGGAUUGUAGCGCCAGGCAGUAAGGAUGAGAAGGGCAAGGGUUUUUGGCGUCGCGCGAUCAAGUUCGAAUCGGCGGUGACCAUUAACUAUGCGCCGACAUGGCAAGGCGAGACUCUUCGGUGGCAUUAUCAACUUACUUUUACAAUCCCCUUCCCCGGAAUUAGGAACGACUUCAAGAUAUUCAUUCCGAUCCAAUUAGAUACAAGCAGACCAUGUCCACCGCCUCCAAAAGGCGUCGCGGGCUCAAGUGGUCCCUCGUAUGCAGAUGUCCUUCCGCCUGGUCCACCACCGAUGUUGGAUGAUUUACCACCAGCGUAUUGGGCAGGGGAUCACCACGGGUGGGAAGACGACAAGAAGUAG